AUGGCCUCAGUGGAGGAAAUUAGAAGACAUGCCCAGCGGCCCCGCGGCCCGGCCACCAUUCUAGCCAUUGGCACAGCACUACCGGAUAACUGCUUUCCCCAGGCUGAAUUUCCUGAUUUUUUCUUUUGGGCCACCAAGAGCGAGCACUUGGCUCAAUUGAAAGAAAAGUGUUUAAGAAUAGUUGUGCAAUUGGAAGCUAUUAGAUUUCUUGACCAUGUUAGUGGAAGUGUUGCUCUAUUGAAACAUAUAGGCGCCUCCUUGGAUGCUCGUCAAGAUAUUGCCAACGUUGAGGUACCAAAACUGGGAAAAAUUGCAGCAGUAAAUGCCAUCGGAGAGUGGGGACAACCCAAAUCUAGGAUCACACAUCUUGUAUUCUGUACAACCACGAGCUUACACAUGCCUGGUGCCGACUAUCAACUUGCUAAGAUCCUAGGUCUUGAACCAAAGGUUAAACAGGUGAUGUUGUACCUUCAAGGUUGCUUUGGUGGUGGGACUGCCCUCAGAUUGGCUAAAGAUCUAGCAGAGAACAACGUAGGUGCCUGUGUUCUUGUAGUAUGUUCUGAAAUCUUAACAUCGACUUUCCGUAAGCCUUCUGAGAUCGAAGUAGACAAUUUAGUAGGCCAAUCUCUUUUUGGUGAUGGGGCCGCAGCUCUAAUUGUGGCAGAUCAAAUAUUUAUCCCUGAUUCAGAGAAUGCAGUUGAAGGGCAUGUUUGUGAAAUGGGCCUUGUUGUUAAUUUGGCAAAAAAUGUGCCAAACCUAAUUUUUGAGUACAUAGACAAAUGCAUGGUUGAAGCUUUUGGUCCCCUUGGUAUUAAUGAUUGGAACUCAUUAUUUUUCAUCGUUCACCCAGGUGGUCCGGCAAUUCUUGAUCAAAUUGAAGCAAAACUCAGCUUAAAAAAGGAAAAACUCGAAGUUAGUAGGCAUGUGCUAAGGGAGUAUGGAAAUAUUGUGAGUCCAUGCGUGUUCUUUGUCAUGGAUGAGACGAGAAAAAAGUCUUUCAAAGAAGAAAAGGCUACUACAGGGGAGGGAUUGGAGUGGGGUGUUUUGUUGGGGUUUGGACCAGGCUUGACAGUGGAGACGAUUGUGCUACGCAGUCGGUGACCAUCAAUUAUGACUGAUUUACCAAUGAAUAAGGGUAGAACCAAAUAAGAACAAUAGAGAUUCUUAUGAAUUGUAAUAUGAUUAAGGUUCGAGA